AUGAAAAUGAUGAGUUCAUUGCAGCUUUGGUUUCCUUUGUUGCUGAUCAUCUCUUUGACCUUUGAAUCUCCGGUGGCUGGGCAGCAACAUGCAAUGGAUAUGCCGGCUCAUUCAUCAAGCUGGGAACCAACUCCGAAACCUUUGAUACCAGGUUUACCUCCAUUUCAACUCCCCACUGCUGGACUACCGAAAAGAGUGAGAUGCCUUCUUCCUUUUUUCCCGCUAUGCUUCAGUCUAUGGCACUCGUCCAGUCGACUGCUCAAACCACUGUUUCAUGGAUUGUGUUUCCUGCAAGCCAGUUGCAACAUGCCGGGAGCUGUGUGUCAAGACCCACGAUUUGUAGGAGGAGAUGGUGUCACAUUCUACUUCCAUGGUCGUAAAGAUCAAGACUUCUGUCUUGUAUCCGACACCAACCUUCACAUCAAUGGUCACUUUAUCGGAAAACGAAACCCUAAACUCACUCGUGACUUCACAUGGGUGCAAUCCAUUGGAAUAUUGUUUGACGAUCACGAACUCCUUGUCGGAGCCAAGAGAACGUCAACAUGGGAUGAUAACGAAGAACAUCUUUUUAUGUUUUUCGACAAUACUCCUCUAUCCAUUGAAGGGAAAAACUGGAUUUAUCGUAAUUCAUCUCUACAGAUCUCUAGAACAACCCCGACUAAUGGUAUUGCAAUUGAAGUAGAGAACAGUUUCAGGAUUACAGCCACCGUGGUGCCGAUCAGUGCGGAAGAAUCAAGAGUUCAUGGUUAUAAUAUUACAGAUGACGAUUGCUUCGCUCAUUUGGAUUUAGGGUUUAGGUUUUUUAAUCUAAGUGAUGAAGUGGAUGGGGUUUUAGGGCAGACAUACAGGAGAAAUUAUGAGAGUAAGAUUAAGGUUAGUGCGAAUAUGCCAGUAAUGGGUGACAAACCCAAGUACUUGACGUCGGAUAUAUUUGCUACUGAUUGCCCUGUUUCCCGAUUCGUUAGUCGGAAUGCGAUUCCAGUGUUGGAUUCUGGAGUAUGUAACAAUCACAAAUAA